AUGACAACUAUACCAAAAGAAAAAUUGGUCAACCCUAAGAAUACAAGUGCCCAUCAACAAGUCAAAAAACCGGAUCCGAAAUUGUUUUCUGUAGAGAGCUUGCAGCGCUCAAGAGCAGAAGCAUGGGAAGCUGCUAAGCUGGACAACGAAACGCUACUACAAAAUUGGGAGGCACUCAAGGAAGUGUGCUACAGCCGGGGUGAGAAACCUCCACAACAGCGCGUGUUGCCGCGGGUGCAGAGGUUGAAGAGGGUAUUAAUGAUGAUUUUUUUGGGCCUGGGGAGCUCAAGUGAGGAUGGUCUCAGUUCAGAGGAUGAGGUGCUCAUUUGUGUUGUCGUCGCUGUGAGGACCGUGGGAGCGGGAGGCAAAGUUGUGACUGGUUUGAGGGCGAUCAGACCGUGGGAAAUUCACCUUCAUCAUGUUUCGAACCAUCUUUCGCCCACAAGCGCCUGCCUUUCGUCGUAUGUGGCUCGACUUACUCUCGUUGGUCGUCUUGGGAAAGACCCAGAAACAAGGACCACACGGAAUAACAAGGAGUAUGUGACCUAUUUGGUUGGGACAACAAAUCCGUCGUUAGCACCUGGUCCGGAAGGAGUCCGACCCCCACCUACCACUAGCUGGCAUAAGAUCAUUUCGUUCUCUGAAUCGCAGAAUAACUUCUUGAGGACCUUGGUCAAGGGGACCCUUGUAUUCGUAGAGGCUGAUUACCAGUCAAAGGAACCCGACCGCAGUGCGGACCCCACGUCUCCGGAGGCCCAAAGACAAAUUUUACUCACCCAUGCCCAUCUCAAGAUCCUAAAGAAACCCGUCGUCCCUCCCAGUGAGAUUUGAACGUAUUUAUUCGUUCUGAACACAUUCCGGACUUGGCUACAAAUGAUCUGGCUAUUGCUUAAUUUAAUUGGUGUCCAGUGCCAGCUUUACCUGAAACAUAUGUUCAAAGACAACGAUGAUGGCCUUUACGUCUUGAACGGUUUAAAACUGGACCAAGGAUGCCAAUCUGCGCAGAAAUUAUCACAAUAACGAACGAGAGUACUUACGUACACUGUUGGUGGUAUCCAUUUCACUAGAGGCCUCAGUGUCGUCACUUCGUGGAUCAUAACGAAUGCAAUGUUAAUGGCUUUUGCUUCUUCUGUU